AAUGAUCCAACAAAGAUCCGGAUAAUAGUUGUCCAUUUUGGGACUGAAAUAUAGCAAUACAGUAGUUAAACAUUCGCUUACAGACAGAUGGGUUAUGAAUAAGCUUAUACCAAAUUUAACCAGACUGUUAUAUAGCAAGCACAGUUCUUUUUUGUUCAGAAACAGAACCAUGGCGAGCCAGACCUCCUCCAAGUCAAUAGCACAAGAUUAUAGUUACGCAGAACCAGAAAUUCAACAAUUUGUAAAGGAUUUUAGUAAACUUAUACAAGAUGAAGCUCUCACACCACAAACAGAUCCAAACACUAAAGUCAUCAAUUUUAGACAACCUUUAGACUUGCAAAAAUUUUUAGACGUAGAAAUUGAAGAAGAACCUGUGUCACGCGAGAAGUUGUUGGAAUUAGGAAGGAAAGUGAUAGAUGGCAGUGUUGUAUCAGGUCAUCCUCGUUUCUUUAACCAGCUUUACAGUGGCAUUGAUCCAUACAGUCUUUUUGGAGCAUGGCUAGCUGAGGUUCUCAAUUGUAAUGUGCACACGUAUGAAGUUGCACCGGUAAUGGUUACGUUAGAAAACUAUAUUUUUAAAAAGUUAUCAUCAAUUAUUAGGUACCAAGAUGGUGAAGGCGUCUUUUGUCCAGGUGGUUCCUUUUGCAAUAUAAUGGCUAUACAUUUAGCUAAACUCAAAUAUGAUCCAACACUCAAACAAAAAGGAGUGUUUGGUAUUCAACCAAUGGCCCUUCUGACAUCUGAGGAUGCACACUACUCUUUAGCAAAAGGCGCCAACUUUCUCGGAUUUGGAACAGAUAGUAUAGUAAAAGUGAAAACUGACGACAAAGGUAGAGUUAUUCCAGAUGAUUUAGAAAACAAAAUUCAACAAUGCAAACAAAAUAAAACUACACCCGUCAUGUUUAUGGCGACAUGUGGAACUACAGUGCUUGGUGCUUAUGACGAUUUGGAAGCUGUAGCUGAUGUUUGUAAGCGUCAUAAUGUAUGGAUGCACGUAGAUGCAGCUUGGGGAGGUGGUGUUAUGCUGUCGGAUAAGUUGAAACAUUUAACAAAAGGAGUCGAGAGAUCGGAUUCUGUAGCAUGGAAUAUACAUAAAAUGUCUGGGGCUGGUAUUCAGUGUUCUGCAUUGGUUGUAAAAGAAAAGGGGUUUCUAGAAAAAUGCAAUGCGUACAGAGCAGAGUAUCUGUUUCAACCAGAUAAACUGUACGACACGGAAUAUGAUAUAGGGGACAGGACAGUCCAGUGUGGUCGUAAAAAUGAUGUCUUAAAAGUAUGGUUGAUGUGGAAGGGUCGUGGUGACAAAGCAAUGGCUGCAAGGGUAGAAAAGGCAUUUGAAAAUGCUAAAUAUUUGACAGAAAAGGUUAGAUCAACAGAAGGAUUUCGUUUAGUUUUGCCUGAGUAUCAGUGCACAAACAUUUCAUUUUGGUACAUUCCACCACGGCUACGAGGUAAAGAAGAAACACCAGAGUGGUGGCAAGAAGUGGCAAAGAUAGCACCAAAUAUAAAAGCUCGAAUGAUGCUUAAGGGAUCCAUGAUGAUUGGUUAUCAACCGAUGUCAACAAAAGGAUUGGUCAAUUUCUUCAGAGUUAUAGUGGGUAACCCUCUCUGUGAAAAAUCAGACAUGGAUUUUAUUGUAGAAGAAAUCGCGAGACUUGGAGAAUCUGUAUGAAGUUUUCAAGUUACAAGAAAUUUAGUCGUACAUAAGUUAUAGGCAGAUGCAGAUAUCAAUUAAGUGCUUUGCAAAACGUAAACUAUAUUUCAUAUUAUAAAAUUAUCUAUAAAUGGAA